CUAGCUGGCUCACCCUCUUUGUCUCAGUGCGCAGUGUGUGUGUGUGUGUGUUUGAGUGUGUGUGUGUGUCAGCUCUCUCCAUCCUCACACUGCUGCUCUGCUCUGGAUGCCUGCAGAAGCAGCGUCAUGGCCGUGAAUCUCAGUAAGAACAGACUGGCUCUGCUCACCGCCUACCAGGACGUGAUCGACGAGUCUUCAGCCUCGGACUGGGCUUUGUACACAUACGAAGAUGAAAGCAAUGAUCUAACGUUGGCGUCAUCAGGAGACGGCGGCCUGGCUGAAAUCAUGGUCAACUUCGAUAACAGCCGCAUCAUGUACGGCUUCUGCAGCCUGAAGGAGCCGACGGCCGCCCUGCCGCGCUACAUCCUCAUCAACUGGGUUGGUGAGGACGUCCCUGAUGCCAGGAAAUGUGCCUGCGCCAGCCAUGUAGCCACCAUCGCGGAGUUUUUCCAGGUGGGUCUCACUAAGGGAGUUGACGUCAUCAUCAAUGCCAGCAGCAUGGACGACAUCGACCCCUCGGCCAUCGGGCAGAGAUUGACCAAUGGGACGGGGCCGAGCGCUAGCCCGGUGCUCAGCCGCCUGCGAACGAGAGAUGAAGAGAACGCUGAGCACGUUGGCACCACCUAUCAGAAGACGAACGCGGAAAUCGAGAUGAAGAGGAUCAACCGGGAAGAGUUCUGGGAGCAAGCCAAGCGUGAAGAAGAGCUGAGGAAGGAGGAGGAAAGAAAGAAAGUAGCGGAGGAGCGGCAACGCUUUGAAGAGGAGCGGAUGGAGCUGGAGAGGAAGGAGCAAGAGGAGCGCGAGAAGAGAUACCGCGAGAGGGAGAAGGAGAUUGAGGAACACAGGAAGAAAAUGCAAGAAGAAGAGGAGGCCAAAGAGAAGUCACGACCUCAGGCCCUGAUUACAGAGCCCAGUUCUGAGGACCUCUCUCUGGACAAAAAGGAGACAGAGGUCGAGGAGGCAGCAGCCAUAAUCGCCCAGCGCACAAGCAACCCACGAGAGUUCUUCAAGCAGAGAGAAAAAGCUGUAGCCAGCAGCUUGGACAUGUCCCCCGUCAGCUCUCACAGGACCGGCCGCUUGGACAGUCCGUUCUUGAAGCAGCAGCACAGUCUGUGUGUGUCCAGUACAUCCUCCUCUCGCACCCCAGGGCCCCUUGAUGACUUUGCCGACGGCGUCGCAGCCACUUCCCCAACACCCAUCCCUAAAAUCGCCAUCCAGGAAGACAAAGAUGACAACAGCGAGAAGGAAUGGGCUCCUGAGUCUCCCGAGCGAGUUCCGGUGCAGGAGUCCGAGUCUGUUCAGAAUGACGUCCCUCAGGCUCCUCCCACGGAGUUGAAAUCCACCAGUGCGGAAGACACCCUGCUGGAUAUGUGGGAGAGCAGCCCGGCACCCACGGCCGCACCCUGCCAGGCUCCGAACAUCAUGGACCUGAUGGGCGACGCCGACUCAACACCCAGCCUCCCUCAGCCUCUGCUCAGCUUCGACGACGUGAACGACGCCCCGCUCUGCCCCUCGGCCCAGGACGAGCCCUCCAGCCUGGUGGACGUGGCCGAGUCACAUGACGUCGCCCUGAGCUACCAGCCGGCCUCCGAUAGCCAGGAGCUGGAGGAGAGCCAGGAGCUGCUGACUAACGGAGACUCCCUGCUCAAGGAAGGGACUCAGGUGAGUGAAGGCUAUUUCAGCCAGUCACAGGAGGAGGAUUUCGCCCAGUCUGAUGAAUGCUCUGCAAAAGUGAAUCCCACGCCAGUAUUUUACAACAAACCACCAGAGAUCGACAUCACGUGCUGGGACACGGACCCCGUGGUGGACGACGACGAUUAAGAGCCACUGGAGAGCGCUAGUCUACGACUCCCAGGAAAAUCCAAACCCUUUUACGAGCUUAUUACAAGCUUAUUACGAUACAAAUCUGUAUGAUAUUUUAGCAAAAAAAAAAAGAAAAAAAAGAAACAAAACAAAAAAGGUUAGCCACUGAAAAGGAUCCGGGUUAUUGUUAAAGAUGCCAAUGGGUUUAAGCUCUCGCUCUCUCUUUCUCUCUCUUUUUCUCUCUCGGUUUGUGCGCGUGUGUGUGUGUGCGUGUAUUUGUACAAGUCCUUAUUUAUUUCCGUUCUCUUUUUUGCUAUGCAGAGUAUAGCACGGUGUGUACUUAGCGCCCACCUGUGUUGUAUCGACUCCCUGUGCCUGACAGAUGUGACCAGUAGCACAUAGAGCGUCCUGUCUUAGUCACGCGCCAGAACCUCAAAAUGACGGAAAGGUUCGUAGCUCCAGCCAAGGUAGAACCGAACUUCCCCUUGUUAGAUGCUCAGGCUAGAAGUUAGCACCUUUCUUAUUCCGAUCACGAUCAUUUUAAGCCGAUGUUUAUUCUUUAUUUUUAUGAUUUUUUUUUUUUUUUCCCUAAAAGAGAUCCACACGAUUUGCUUUGUUCCUUGGGUGCCGUCGUGUUUCUCCUCUUCAGCACGGCUUCGUUGGCUUCAUUUCCUGUGCCAAGGGCUUUUCAGCGAUUCGAUGUUUUUACACGUCAUCUUGUUGUUGUUGUUGUUGUUUGGUGUUUUGCGAUUUAGAAUCAGGUGCCAUAGAUUCUCAAAAGUUUGACUACCUACUGUAUGAAAAGUAGUAUUGAUUGAGUUUUGUUUUUGUUUUUGUUUUUUGAAUCCAGUGUUUGCGCUAGAAUUAGAUUUAAAUUCGAUUUGACUUGGAGCUUCGGCAAUAACUAUAUUAAUGCACAUUUAGCUAGGUAUGUGGAUGUUUAUACACAGUAUACUGUACGUGUGUGUGUGUUUUUGUGCGAGUGUGAGCGUGGUUUUUAACACGAGAGUAACCUUCCCUGUGGAUAUUUCUUUGGAAUUCGUAUCGGGUUUUUUUGCUAAGCAUCUUCGCUGUCUCGAUCGAACCCUGCGCUAACCGUUUUAGAAGCCAUCGAAUGCGAUCUGACCCCCCGAGUAUUGCUAACGCUAACUCUACGAAUUCUCAACGUUCGAAAUCUGUAGCUUCGACUGUCCUCCGGUCUUCCGUAGUUUCGUAGUUCUUCAGACCUGCGUACGAUCCGAAACCUUAUUGUGGCUGUCAAUUUUUUUUUGUUUUGUUCGUUACGAAGCAAAAGAUGUGAAACAAGCAAUAAUACUCAACUAACGUAGUAUUGUUUUUGUAAAUAAAAGCAGCGCAGGACGACGAAACGGCGCGUCUAGCGACUGGCGUAGGAACGGAUCUGCUGCCUCGACGCGUUUCCUAACCUGGAUUUUGUUUGGUGGGAGCCGACCCGCAUCUUUAACUCGAACCCUGGCCCUUUGGACGUGAUCUCAGUGUACUCUUUACCCCUCCGAGCUCCUCUGUAGUGAUUCUUACGCUCUUUCUUUCUUUCUUUUCCCUCUCUCACACACUACUAGGAGAUUACUACUACCAAUACUAUUGCUACUAUUACUACUAAUAUACUACUCCAGUUUGCCCUUCGUCCCUCGAGCAAGGCUUAGCAGCUCCUAAACUCUCUCUUUCUUUCUUUCUUUCUCUCUCUUUUAUUAUUGUUUUCGAUCCUUCUCCCUCCCCUCCCCUCCCCUUCCCUCCGUCCGCUUUUUCUUGUCACAUGCUGUUUUUUGAAACAAGCACAAGAUCUUUUGUCACCUGCUAUGUGCUUCUGUAUGUUAAUAAAAGAUUUCAAAAAACAA